UGUCACGCAAGAAACCAAGAUGGCGUCUUGGUUGUCAUCUUUUGAUUUCUCCUUUUCCUUGGGGAAAAAUGUGCUCGUCGGAGUCUCCAUUGGAUUAGGUAUAGGGAUUGGAAUAGGUGCAGGAAUAGCUGCGUCAAGGAAAGUGUUCCCUUUGCAAACACAAGAUCAAAAACUUGUGAUUCACUUUGCGGAGCUGACCAACGAGAUCAAAGAACUUCGUGGCGUUAUGGUGAGGCUUGAAGUUUGCUUCACUGAGACUACAACAACACGAAUAGUUCCGCUGAAAGGCCAGUUAUCUGGUCGACAAAGUGACGAAGAGGAGACAGAAGAAGAUGAGUUUUAUGAGAUGUCUGGAGAAACUGAGCCUUUAUCAAGGUCUGUUUCAAGUUUAAUCAUUUUAACCCUAUUAAAAGAUGUUUUUGUUUUUAUUUUUCUUCAAUACCAGUAGACAGGUUAGUAAGCUUUGAUCAGUGGCCAGACUCUAAGUUUUUAGCCAUUUUGCCAUGUGCAUUUCCCCCCGAAAAAAUUACUCACCUAUUCUAUUCCUUCCGACUUUUCUUUCUUAAAUAUUUAAUUUAAUGCGUGAGAUUUUCAUAUCCACAUAACUAGCAUUUCCGAAUGAUUUCCAACAACUCCUGAACAUUGCCAGAGGUUUUUAAUUCAAGAUUCAAGGGGGUGUUAGCCUGCGCGCAGACGAAAUUAAACUCUGGUUAACUCCGUCAGAGUUUAGUUAUCGUCUGCACGCAGGCUACCUAUACAGCAACAACUUGACUGACAGUUCACUGAUAUACAUAACACACUACCGGUACUAUUUUGGCUGAGGGUUGACUAUUGAUUGGUCGAUACUUCAAACAUAGCGGCUGAUACUCGACCAAUACUCAGGGGUAGAUCCAGUCGGGGAGGAUUGGGUGGCUAGACACCCCACUUUAGGACAGCCCACCUAAAAAAGUUAAUACACAGAAAAACAAACGGAAAUACGUGGGUCCCAAAAAAGGUAGAAAUACAUGUAAUCACCAUGCAGGCAAAUGCAGAAUUAUCAACAGAAGUGUAGUUUGUGAGAAAUUUGUGGCGCUGCACCCUAGACGAAUGACGGUGUGUUCACUUUUGGCUGACUAGUUUAGUAAGGUAUUUAUUGCAGUACCUUCUCUUUUUUCUAUUUUUUUUUUUUUUUUUUGUGGCUUUUCAAGAGUUUGCAGUGUUACAGUCUCUAAUAAUUCGUCCCUUCUAAAUUGCCGUGUUUGAGGACAAAGGUAGUGCCGGAGACAAGUUAAAAUAAAUUAACAUGUAGUUGGUGGCCGAUUGGUAUCAACCAAUUCCCAUUAAAUAUCAGACUGAGUUUAAAAUAUUUGCUCAUAAUAAUUAAUUUUUGUUUAUUAACUAGUGCUCCAGUAGUCGACCAGCUCAAAGAAGUCAUUGAUGAAGUGGAUGGACUUCACUCAAGUAAUAAUGCUGAAGACAAGUAUAAAAUACAUAAAAUCUUAGAGGAAUCAUCACAAAUGGUAAGCAUUUUAAUACGUUGCACAGUUAUUCUGGUUGCACUGCAUUUCAAGGUCCAAACAGUUUCUAUAAUUUUAUAUUAUUAUUUGAGUUUAAAACUCGUGCACUCCCUUGGAACGUGGUCGUUGUGUGAUUUGUCACUUCAUUACCUUCAUGUUCCUGAGUGACUGAUUUGUAAACUCUUUGACAACACAGCACCAACAAAGUUGUGAGCUAUCCUGGAGAUAUGCAAGAUCAUGUUAUGACAUUGCUUUGUUGAAAGGAAAGAGUGGAGACGCCGAGGGCAAAAAGAGUUUAUUAUAUGAAGGUACCCUAAAUACACUGCUCAUUCAGAAUUGGAUGUGGAUUAAUUUUUACUCACCUAAAGAAAGUAUGUACAGAUAUUCUCUUAUUUUUUUAGUUACACCUGCUGUACAUGCACUUAAUAAUAACAAAGUACACAUAACUGAGAAAACGUGUGGCACAUGGCUAACCAGCACACACAAAUGCAGGUCUAAAAUAUGGUGACUCCCUCUUUUGCCUUCUGUAUCAAGUACCCUCCCUUCUGGUGAAAACAGAAGGGAGAAUGAUACGGAGGGGUAUUUGAUAUGGAGGGGGUACUAACAGGUGGAGGGGUAUCUGGAAGGGGUACUACUGCAAAAACGACAGGCUAUAGAUUUUAGAGCUCCAGAAAUUGGCAUGUAUAUCUCUGUGAUCUAGUACCAGUACUGAUUAGAAACCUAAAAAAAAAAACUUCCUGUACUGCUCUUGGACUCUACAAGAUACAGUAAAGUUAGUUUGCAAUCCCAACACUACUAGUUCAGCAAAAGUAACACAUGCACCAAUUAAAUGUUUGAAACACCAAAUGAUCACGUAUUACAUGUAACACUUGAUGAGUAGAUUAGUAGGUUAGAUAGUGUAGUAGUUGGUCACAGGUUUUAUUAUUAUUAUUAUUAUUAUUAUUAUUACACUUGAUUCUCACUAUCAACCCAAGCACUAAGCAUAGGAGUAAGCAUAACGCAAGCGUAAGCAUAAGCAUGUGCAUAAGAAGCUUAAUAUGUACUUGACAGUGAGGAUGGCCUUAACAUAAGUAAACAGUGUAAGCAUGAAAACAAGAAUAUCAAAACUUUGCGCUCAAAUUAUUCCUCUUUGUGUUAAGCCCGUCUUACUAGCACACAAGCCUCUUGUUCUCAUACUGUCUUAUGUUUGUUAAUUGUACUUGUAUCACUAGUGAGGACUGGGCUUAACAACGAUAACACCAGAUAGUUCAUAUUGAUACAUUUUAGUAUUUGGAUCUGUUUGUUAUGUAGACUAAUGAUGGUGAAUAAUCCAUUAAUUUUUGUAGGUGUAGCAAAAGCAGAGAAAGCAAUUGAAUGGGACAGAAAUAGUGCAAUUGCACAUAAAUGGUAAGUAUAUUGUUUUAAUAUAAAAAGUGUUCCCAAAGAAAGAAGUGACUUAAUCCAUUCACUUAUGAACUGUCCGUUACCACCCGUGGGGAUCGGCACCCCUUGCAUCGCUUGUGACAUCAUCAGUUUAAAAGUUCAAAGAAAACUUUGACACCUACUGGUAACUUGUGCAAGGGAAUGUACCAACCAGGAGUGCAUUCGUGUGUUUCACUCGAGUGGCAAAUUUGAAAAACAAAAACAACAGUAAUGUCUCCUAUAACAGUUUGUUACAAUUUCAAGUUAUUCCCAUUUUACAGGUAUGCUAUAAUUCUUGGAAGUACAACAGACUAUGAAAGUUUACAAAAUCAAAUACUGCUUGGAUUUAAAUACAAGGUACGGUGUACCAAACUUUCUCUUGACCAUGGCACCAUCAAAUUAAAGUAGCCCGCAAAAUCCCAGGGUCAUUCUUUCUUCAACUGUAAGGGAGCUUUUAGCCUGUGAAUUCACCCCUGUAAGGUAAUCCAAGACAGUCUUAAAUUAAGCAGUCCGCGCUGUGUAUUCCGGAUUUGAUUUCCUUGUAAGUGGAACUUGGAUUCCGGAAUCCAGAUUCCAGAUUCAUUCAAGGAAUUCUGGAUUCCUUGAGCUGAAUUCCAGAUUCCAAAGCCCAGGAUUCUGGAUUAGCUUACAUGGGGCAAGCAAAUACAGCCAUCUUUCCUCGCUGCUGGCAAGAAGUGCUUAUGCAGCACACUUUUUCAUUGGUACAUCUUUUUACAGUCUCUGCUCGACCUCAAUGUGAAAUUUCGUUUUGCGAAGUUGUAUGAAGGACUUAAACACGUGACGGCAACUGUUUCUUUCUCUUCCUAAAUUUGGGUGUGGUCCCAAAAAUUCAUCUCCAGGAAAAUUUACCUACAUGUGCAUUUGACAUUUCAGGAAAGUUGUAAUUUCAGAACGAAGUUUAAAAAAUGCAAAUCCAUUAUUAGUAGUGACAUUUUUGCUGCCAUCACCAUCAUCGUUGCUAAAGCUCCCUUACGUCGUCUUCUAGAACGUACAGACAAAAGUUGUACCUAAUAAAAGGGGCACCCCCCAGCCUAGUCAUUUACGGGUGUUUAUAUAAGAAAAACGUUGACCCCUUUGCCCAAGCCAACAGCUUUUGCACAUGCUCUGAUUGUCCAAAAAGUUUGCUUAUGUUCUGAUUGUUGAGCCGGCUGGGCGAGCAAAGUGUUUAUUCUCCACUUUUGCAUCUCCCAAAUUGCACCUUGUUUGCCCCCAAAAACUUUUGCAUAAGCAUUGAUUUCAAUUUCUCUUGGGAUGGCUGUAAUACCCAGGAGAAAUAAAAAACAAAGGUUAUGCAAAAUUGAGGGGGGGUAGGAGGCAAACAAGGGGUAUUUUGGGAGAUGUGCAAAUGGGGAAUUUGGAGAAAAGUUAUCCCAGUUGAGAGGGUGACCCUAUUGUCACAAAAGGGUGACCUGGCUAUGUCCCGGCUAUGCAGGCCACCGCUCUUAGGCCACAACUUUUAGUUUCUUAUGAACACUGUAAAUGGUUUGUCAAGUAUUUUAUAAGGAAAUGGCUGUAGUAAAAGUUGGCUUGCCCAGGAUGGGUAGACGGGUGACCCUUCUCGUUUUCUCCAUAAAAGGGGCCUAAUAGAGUACUCCAGUCACCUACCGUAUUGUGUUCAAAGUUGUGUUUCUUUGAUGGUCUUUUCUGUCAGCCUGAAGAUCAUGAGGGGAUAACCAGUCUCUAGUAAGCUUUUUACUCUUUCUGUAAGAUAAUUGAAUCUUGAGAAAGCGAGUCCUUUACACAGUGUUUCUUUCUUUCUCUCUUUUUUUCUGCCUCAGGAGCACAUUGAACAAGCUAUUAACCUUGAUGAGAAUGAUCCAUCAAGCUAUCAUCUCCUAGGAAGGUGGUGCUAUGAGGUACGGGUGAAAAUUGUGCUCAAUGGGGCUGCAAAACCUCAUUUUCGAUGAUCGUUACGCCGUAGAACAUGGUCAAUUCCUGUAGUUAAAAACUUUCCGGCAAAUUUCCGUCGCAAGUUCGAGCAGAAUAGGCUGUGCUUUGUACUCCCUCCACUCUGGAAAUGAUGGAUAGAAAAAAAUUUCCGUCAAUUGUGCGAGCAUAACGAACCAAUUCCAUUUUCAAACUAACUCGGUCACUUAGUGUUCUAAAACUAUCUGAUCAUGUAUUAAAACUAGCCGAUUUGCCCUACCUGCCUAGAUUAGCCCUGCUAUUUGUGGGAAGAGCAGCUUGUAAAUUCGCCUGUAAAAUACUGAAUAAAAAAACUUGAACUUCGUUGGUAUUGAAAAUGUUUUUUUUGUUCGUUUGUUCAUUUGGUAGUUCCUUUUUUUAUUGCAGUUUUUCAAACGAAACAUUGAGAUUUUGUUAUUUUCCUUGAUUGUGAUAGAUUGUGAUAUCUGAUUUUGUGUCUCUCACGGUCAGUUGGAGUAACUUUCUUUGUAACUCGUCCGUAUGUAUUGUUUCGGUAAACUUAGAUUUCUAUGCUUUCGUGGUGGCAAAGGAAAGCUGCUUCAGCGUUCGUGGCAGCACCACCGUCAUCCACAAUAGAAGAAGCGCUAAAGAAUUUUCUAAAGGUAAGUUAACCUUUCAUUUCAGUUGCUAUGGGGAACUUUAAAUUCUUUCAUCAUUGGUCGGUCAAACCUAUCCUUGUUCAACGAGGAAGUCCCUCCUGUGUCAGAGUUGAGUUGUAAAUAUUCAGAUUAUGUGUCUUGUGGUCGCGCACAGGAGGUUAUAUGAACGAUGGAAAUUCCAACUACGGUGAAUUCGUUGGAAAAAUUCUGGUGUUUUGGAAAGGUGCAUGGUAGCUUACGAGAGGAGUUUCGACGGUAGGAAAGGCGUCAAAUUUAUCGUUAGAUAGUUGCUGACAUUAGAGAACGUUUGUUGCAAACUAGGUGACUUAGUGAUCAAUUUUUCCCGCCAUUUUUCACGUUUGCAACCUCCUUCCCAGAGUUCUCUCUUGCCUCGAGAAGGGAGGAAGAGAGAACCCUGGGAACGAGGCUGUUACAUUUGCCGUUCGUCGUUUGACGUCACUAGAGAGGUUAAGCAUCACGUCCACGUCAAACAGCAAACGCGAAUUUGUACCACGUGACCAAGUUUUAAUUGUUGUUUACUGUUAAUUACUUCUACACAAAAAUGAGUGGUUUCACGCCAGUUUUAUCCACAAGAAUUGUUCUGGAAAUUUUUUUUCCCUGACCAAGUGACUUGUUCCUACAGGCCGAGGAAAUCAAACCGGGAUUCUGGCUUUCAAACUCAUACUGGAUAGCAAAGGUAAGAGGAAGGAUAGAUUGCACUUUGCAAAGACUGAUACCAGUCAAUCCACGGCAAAAUUCAUUCAAAAGUGCUAUUGCUCACUAUUAUCUUGUUCAGUAUUGACGACUCCGCCAUGUACAUAGCCUGCGUAGCAGGCGCUUGGAAGUAGCGGGCGAAAGAGAGAACGGGCGCGCGCGAGGGAGACACGCAAGGGGCGUGUCUCCUUCUCGCGCGCCCGUUUUUUCUUGUGCCCACUACUUCCAAGCGCCUGCUACGCAGGCUACCAUGUACAUCACUCCUCAACCAAGUUAUGGCGGGACGACUUGCCACUCUAACUUUGUAAAAAUCUGUGAGCAAAAUGCUCUGAUGUUAGCCAUCAGAUUACACCUCUUUGGCAGACGUUUUAUCUAUUUAUUUCUUAGGAUUUAACAAAAAGGAAUUUAAAAAAUCUUGUUUAUUAAAUUCCUUAGGCCAUUCUUAGGAUUUAAAGGGUAAAUAUUUUUACUUUUUUAUUCCUUUAUUUUUAUUGUUAUCACUAAAAGCCGUUUCUUGCUUACUUGUUACCUUCGCCUUACACGUACUUGUGAAGAAAACUCGUCAAGUCUGGCAACUUGACGCUGCAUCAAUAUGUUGCUCUUAUGCGCCCUGCUUGGCAGACUAGUGGCUAUUUAUUCGCAUCGAUAAUAGUCUGAACAUCGUUGUGCGUACAGGUGAGUGCCUCGACUUGCACAGGCAACCCAAGUAACUUGCUGGGAUACUUUAAGAGCAGGAUUUCCUGAUUUUUUUCAAUAAAAUAAUGAUCGUGGGGAGUACGACAUAGUAGUCGCCCACGACAUGCCUUUGAUUUGUUUUUUGCUUUCUUUUGUAGUGUUACAAGCAAAAUGGCGAUGUAGCAAAAGCAUCAGAGUGGCUGAAGAAAGCAAUAUCUCUCCCUGUAACCUCGGAAGAUGUGAGUGAAAUUACUCUUACAUGCAUUAUAGUGAAGUAA